AUGAAACUCUCUUCUUCCUAUUUGCUUCUUGCAUCUGUCUUGGCAGUGGCCAACGCCCAAACUGGUGGGGUUAACUACUGCGAUCUCUACGUCGAGCAAUGCUUAGAAGUUGUCCAAGGUGACUGUAGCGGCAGUGAAGUGCAGUACUGCCUCCAGGAUAAGAGUUCUUCUGGUUGCAUGACCGAUGGCUCUGCUUCCUGCGAGUGUAAGAGUGACAGUGGCAAUAGUGAAACUUACAGUCAUAUCAACAUUUAUGUUGAUGGUGUUGAUUUGUCGGCAGAAUCAUCACGAUUGUCUGAUAGUGGUUUCUCUGAUACCUGCAAUGAUUCUUCUGGGAGCAGCAAAGGAUGUGGGUCGGUUGAUUCCAGUGGCUCUCCAGCACAAGGUGUCAAGUAUGAAUCCACCAAAGGGAGUCUCUGUGUGACUGUUCCCUUGGCUAGCGAUGGUUCCCACCCAAAGAUUGCUUUUGGAGUGAAGGAUCGCGGAAGUUGUGGGUAUGCUCUGGGAGAGGGGAGCUGGACUUGCUCCGGCGACUGCCACUGUGGAGGAGGCCAUGCCUGUGUCUACGAGACACCCAGUUCCUGUAGCACGGAUUUGCCAGAUGAUAAUCCCAUGAGUAAAUGCUCCGACUAUGGUGGGAUUACAGAUAUCAACUGCUACGAUAUCAUGUGUGAGUACGACGGGGGUUCAACGGAUGUCCCAACCAGCAUUAGCUUUACCAAGCCUGAUGGAGACAGCUGUUUCUGCAAGGACUGGAGCUACAUUGGCUGGGGACGAGAAGAUGAUGAGAAGGUAGAAGAUGGGCUCACCACAGGCGCUGAUAUCACAGUCCCAAGUGGGGCCACAGGUAACACCUUCGAAGUCAAGGCUGCUACAACGUGCUUUGAUGUUACUUGUCAGAGCGACGGUUCCACUGUUGUUUCAUCCAAAGAUGGCUGUGACUACAGCAAUGCAAAUGGGAAUGGCAAUGGCAAUGGAAAUGGGAAUGGAAAUGGCAAUAAUGGAGGAGGAAACAAUGAUGCUGGAGGCAAUUGCUUCUCAAGGGACACUGCCCCAGGCGGAAUUGGCUUGGCCAAAGACUACUUUGGGGUGAGCGAGCAUGCCAUCUCUCAUCUUUGGUUGUCACCUUACAGAAUGCUGUGCCUUGGAGUGUCAUCCAGCUUCUGUCAGUCCCCUGAUCCAUCCAAUGCUGAUGGCAUCAUCCCUUGGCUUCAAGCUGGCCAGAAGUGGGCUGAGUUUCUUGGUGGUUUUGGGUUUUGGUCUGGAAUCAUCCUGCUGGGUAUUCCCACAUUUGUACUGUUUACUGCUUCCCUUGCAAUUGAAACACUCUUUGGAGGACCAGCCAUGGCGCCAGUUGGAGCCCUGGCUGCCGGGGUUGUGUUGUGUUUCCUCUUGCAAAAGCAUUAUCAGUCGAGUGGAGUCGAACUCAAAAAGCGGGCUUGA